AUGUUUAAUGAAAUGAAUAAAAGUCUCGCUGGAGGUCACGCUAGAAAUCUUGCUGACGGUCUCGCUGGAGAUCACGCUGAUAGUUUUUCUAUAGGUCUCGCUGUCGGUAUCACUGGAGGUCGUUUUGCUGGGAGUUGUGCUAAUGGUAUGGCUGCCAGUCUCGCUAGUAAUUUUGCUAGCGAUCACAGUGACGGUUUCGCUCGAGAUUACGCUGACGGUCUUUCUGGAGGUCUCGCUGGAGAUCACGCUGAUGGUCUCGCUGGAGGUCUCGCUGGUGAUUACGCUGACGGUUUUUCUGGGAGUCUCGCUAGAGAUCACGCUGACGAUAUCGCUGGAGAUCAUGCUGACGAUCAUUCUGGAGGUCUCGCUGGAGAUCACGCUGACGGUCUCUCUAGAGGUUUCGCUGGAGAUCACGCUGACGAUCUUUCUGGAGGUCUCGCUGUUAAUCACGCUGAUGGUCUUUCUGGAAGUCUCGCUGGCCAUCACGCUGACGAUCUUUUUGGAAGUCUUGCUGGAAAUCACGCUGACGAUCUCGAGUGA